AUGGCCGGGAAGCUGCUGCCGCUGCUGCCGCCCCUGCUGCUGGCCGCGGCGGGGCUCGCCGGCCUCCUGCUGCUGAGCGUGCCCGCCCGCCGCGUCCCGGAGCCGCCCGCCCUCAAGUACGGCAUUGUGCUGGACGCCGGCUCCUCCCACACAUCCAUGUUUGUGUACAAGUGGCCAGCGGACAAGGAGAACGACACAGGCGUCGUGAGCCAGCACAGCACCUGCGACGUGGAGGGCGGGGGCAUCUCCAGCUACGAACACAGACCCGCUGGGGCCGGCGAGAGCCUCGUGCCGUGCCUGGACAGGGCGCUGCAGGACGUGCCUCGGGCCCAGCACGCGGGCACACCGCUCUACCUGGGCGCCACCGCGGGCAUGCGCCUGCUCGAGCUGAGCAAUCCGGAGGCCUCGAACAAGGUGCUGGCGGCGGUGGAGAGGACGCUGGCCCAGUACCCCUUCGACUUCCGCGGCGCCCGCAUCCUGUCGGGCCAGGACGAGGGGGUGUUCGGCUGGGUGACCGCCAACUACCUGCUGGAGAACUUCAUCAAGUACAACUGGGAGGGCCUGUGGACCCGGCCGAGGAAGGGGACGCAGGGGGCCCUGGACCUGGGGGGCGCCUCCACACAGAUCACCUUCGAGACAGACAGCCCGGCCGAGGACCCCGCCGCCGAGGUCCGACUGCGGCUCUAUGGCCACUGCUACCGCGUCUACACCCACAGCUUCCUCUGCUACGGCCGGGACCAGGUCCUGCAGCAGCUGCACGCCAGAGCCCUCCAGACCCACGGCCGCUUCCACCCCUGCUGGCCGAGGGGCUCCCCCGACCAAGUGCGGCGGCAGGCCGUACACCCGUCGCCCUGCACCGCCACCCAGUGGCCCCCCGCCUUCAACGGCAGCGCCCCGGUCACCCUGGAGGGCAGCAGCAACGCCACGCUCUGCCGCAAGCUGGUGGCCGGGCUCUUCAACCGCUCCUCCUGCACGUUCUCCCGCUGCUCCUUCAACGGCGUCUUCCAACCCCCUGUGGCCAGGAAGUUCAUUGCCUUCUCUGCCUUCUUCUACACCGUGAACUUCCUGAGGAGCACGAUGGGGCUGUCUGUGUCCACCCUCCCGCAGCUGGAGGAUGCGGCGCAGACCCUCUGCAGUAAGGGGUGGGAAGAGCUGCAGGCUCAGGCGCAGGAGGAGCCGGACGCUCGCCUGCUGCAGUACUGCGCCAUGGCCGUGUUUGUGCACGAGCUGCUGAGCCGCGGCUACGGCUUCGACCAGCACACCUUCGCGGGCGUGACCUUCCAGAAAAAGGCCGGGGACACCGCGGUGGGCUGGGCGCUCGGCUACAUGCUGAACCUGACCAACAUGAUCCCCGCCGACCCGCCCCGGCUGCGCAAGGGCUUAGACCUCGGCUCCUGGGUCGCCCUCCUCCUGAUCUUCGUCGCCUUGGUCCUGGCCGCCAUUGUGCUGCUGCUGCGCCAGGCGCGCGCCGCCAAGUCGCCGAGCGUCAUCUAGGGGCU